AUGCCGUGCCUCAAUCUCUCCACCAACGUUAACCUUGACGGUAUCGACACCUCUUCCAUCCUCUCCGAAGCCACCUCCACCGUCGCUAACAUCAUCGGAAAACCUGAGGCCUAUGUGAUGAUUGUACUGAAAGGAUCGGUACCCAUAUCUUUUGGUGGGACUGAGCAGCCAGCAGCUUACGGAGAACUGGUUUCCAUUGGCGGUCUUAACCCGGAUGUGAACAAGAAACUCAGUGCUGCAAUUGCUGCAAUUAUCGAAACCAAGUUGUCCGUGCCCAAGUCACGUUUCUUCUUGAAAUUCUAUGACACCAAGGGUUCCAACUUUGGAUGGAACGGUUCUACAUUCUGA